CUUUGUACCAUCGAAAGCGUCAAGACUACAUACGGUAGUCUAGUCAUUGUUGCCACGAGCAGAACUGAGAAUACGUGCAGUUUGACAGUCUUUGUUAUACGUACAACUAGAGCGCUUCUCUUAGCUCAAAGCCCAAAGAUGAAACUGACUGUUGUUGUGGUGAUUGUUAUCGUUGUGACAUUACAACAGGGCAGAGUCCUCCACAGUUUCCACGUGUCCCCAAAAUCACACUCCAAGACGUCUCCAAAUAAGUUUAUAUCUGUUCAUGCCGCCUGUAGUCGGCAGGCUAUUAUGGCAGCAGUGGUGUUAAAGGAUCUAUUUCGUGGAGCUGUCUAUGCUCGAGGCUAUCCCCUGGAGUGUCGAGCCGAAGGGAAUAAUUCAAGAGAAGUCCAGCUUAUCAUAGACGUAAACGAAUGUGGAACAAAACUCACCAAGGAAGAGGAUGGUUCUCUAUCGUAUGAAGUGCUCCUUUAUGUUCAAUUCGACAAGAAUGUCCAACAAGCCAUUGAUGAGCAAGUCCGAGUCCAAUGCUCACCACGAGAGAUAACCGUAAUUGGAACCAUGGGGUCCUCCGACGCAAGUCAUCACGUAGGACGUGAACUGCACAGGGCUGGAGGAAUGGAGGCUCCAUCCACAUCUGCAAUACCAACUUUAAAGAAUUCCUCUCAGAGUCUGAAUUGUUGGAUGGACAUCUUUAAGGGCAGGCUUCCUGACAUUCAGCCAAUAACCGAAUUUGUCAACGUGGGAGAAGAGGUUACCAUGUUAAUCAAAAUUAGAGAAAAACCUGGUACUGUGACGAAAGUAACCAACUGCAUAGCGCAUGAUGGAGCCAAAGAAGUACAACAGGCGUUGAUAGACGAUAAUGGCUGUUCGGUUGAUAAAAGCAUAAUUCCAGACUUGGAAGAGAAAUUCAAUCAAAAAACGGGAAUAAAGAUGGUAUACGCUACAUUCAUGGCCUUCAAGUUUCCUGAUCGAGAUAGUCUUCAUCUUGAAUGCAACGUUUUGAUAUGCAACGACUCUUGUCCCUUGUUCCCAUGUACGACCCGGACUGGACCAAAGCGAGCAGAGCGAUCAGCUAGUGGUCAAGUAUUCCAUUCUUUCCCUGGAGAGGUUGUAUUCAAUUCUGUCGAAGUUAAAGCUCCAGCUGUCGAGAUUGGAACGUCCCUUAAACAGCAGUCUCCCGAACCUGUGUCUGUCUACAACAACAUUGAUCAGGUCUGUCUGACCCCUACAAAAAUGAUCGUUACUGUAUCAAUCCUACUGGUCGUCUUAGUCAUAGCUGUUAUCAUCAGUAUUUGUAUGUGCGUGCGGGCUCGAGAGCUACAAAAAAGAGCUUGUCAACAAGUUGGACUAGCCUACGGUCGCGUUGUUAAUUUAUAG